UGCCCAGUGCCGCUCUGUAGUAAACAAAAAGUGUCUGUGCGAGAGACAGCGGCUUCAGCGGAUUUCUGUAACAUUUUUAUUUCUCAAUUUAUUAUGUCUGUGGGUAUGGCUUACAAGCCAAACCUCCAUCAGCACAUUCCGGGAACUUCCGUGAACCAAGCUUCUCAUUCACCAAGCAUACCAACAGUGCAGACCUACAGACCAUUUGUGAAUGACUAUGGACCACCUUCUCUUGGCUUUACACUGAGCACAAGUGGAAAUAACGUCCCGCAGAGUAAAUAUGCUGAGUUGUUAGCCAUCAUAGAAGAGCUGGGGAAGGAGAUAAGACCAACUUAUGCAGGAAGCAAAAGUGCCAUGGAAAGACUAAAGCGAGGGAUUAUACAUGCCCGGGGAUUAGUGCGUGAAUGUUUGGUGGAGACGGAAAGAAAUGCAAGGUCCUAACAGUCUCAAUAAGAGUUUAGUUAAGACUAUCUCUGGACUGCCCAACAGGACAGACUGAGCUAUUACUACACAGUCAAGACUAUUCUGGACCAAUCAGCACAGAUGGAGUGUAAAUCAGUACUUGACAGAAUUUGUCUCUAGUUGUGUGUUCCCAUUGUGAAUGGAGUAAGAGUUGAGUGCAUGUUGCAUGUGUCUUUAGGAUUUUUUUAAGAAUGUACAUGGAAGGGUAGAUUUUAAACUUUUGUCUGAUUAAAAACUAAAUUAAUAGUGCCAAAAUACACUUUGUAAACUCAUUCUUCAACUAUUGGACAGAAUUCUGUAAAAAAAAAAAAAAAAAAAAAACUUUGCAACUUUUUAUGUAUUAC